UCUCUACAAUAUGCUAUGAUCCUGCCGGGAAAACCAGAUACCUUGCGAUCUGCCAGGCGUAUGGCGUGGUUCCUAUCUCUUAUUUUUUACGGCAUAUGAAAGAUUCUGAGCUGGCUCUGAUGCAUCGUGGCCUUGGCCCUAAGGCAGCCAAAGCUCUCGCUCUUUCCCUGACCAGCAACACCUCCAUUGUGAAGCUGAACCUGAGCGACAACGGGCUGGAUGGAGACGGCGCAGUGGCGAUGGCAGAGAUGUUAAAGGAGAACUGCUACAUUUCAGAACUUGAUUUAUCAGAGAAUAAAGUCGGAGUGAAAGGGACAGAAGCUCUGUCUACGGUGCUUCAGGAAAAUCCAAUUCUGGUGUCCUUGAAACUUUCAGGAAAUGAAUUAAACGACAGGGCAGCCAAAUACCUGGCAGACGCUUUAGUGACCAAUCAGAAAGUGGAGCACCUUGAUCUGAGUCAUAACAGGCUCGGAGAGCCAGCAGGAGAAGCCCUCGGGAUGGCCAUGGCAGAAAAUGUGGGCUUGAAGCAACUCAACCUCAGCUGGAACAACUUUCGGGGCCAAGGAGCAGCGGCUGUCGCCAAAGGCUUGGGGGCAAAUAUAUUCCUUCGAGUCCUUGAUCUGUCAUACAAUGGCUUUGGCAACAGUGGUGCAGCUGCUCUGGGGGCAGCCCUGAAAAGCAACAAUGUACUGGAAGAACUCAACAUCAGUAAUAACCGCAUCGCCUUGGAAGGAGCCCUCGCGCUUGCUUCGGGCCUGAAAGGAAACAAGAAUCUGAGGAGACUCAAGAUGUCCAGGAACCCCAUCCAGAAUGAAGGCUGCCUUGGCAUCCUCAAAGCCAUCCGAGCAAAUCCUGGAGCUGCGAUGGAGUUUCUGGAUUUUUCAGCGAUUGUGGUGAAGAAGGACUUUGUCCGAGCCUGUGAGGCUGUCCAGGCACUUUUCCCGAGCCUUCUGAUUCAGCACGAUGGAAUCACUCGCUUGUUCAGAAGAGAAUUUCCAAAGGUUUCCUAAAAGAGAUUCUUGGUGACCGUGGAAGACCAGCCUUUUUUGCUUUACGUCCCGGAAGGGAGCGUCCUAUGAAACGUCUGGCGAUGCUUAAUAGAGACUCAGGCUUUGUGAUCCCCUCCCCGCCGCCGUGCUUCUCUUUGUGCUAGAAGCAGCAAGUUGUGUUAAAUGUCACUUUUUUAUGUGCUCAAUUAUUGCUGCCGGGAUCUCCUUCCAAGGAUUUUGGUACCCUGCUCACAGCAACUCUAGGGGACCCACUGACACAAGAUGCAACAAGGGCUCCUAGCAACUUUCUCUUUGAGGCAAACUCUCCAGUGAUCUGAUUAGACAGAUUGUCCGUGUGGACCUCAGUUGAGGCUAACAGGAAGCAGGUCAAAAAUCUGGGAAGGAACUUUGGAUGCAUUUAUUCUCUCUCAUUCUACAGAGUUUGGGAACCGCUCUUCUAUCCCAAAAUCUGUCCUGGUACUUUUUAGCCAGAUCUUUGUGUGCCAUCCUCAAUAUAAACCUUUCCUUUUGCGCCAUCUGCGCUGCUUCCCCUGAAAACUUUUGCAAUUGCCAGGAUUGUACAGCAAACCUCCGGGCAGGAUACUGUCCCAGAGGAAGUCUCCCCCUCCC